CCGUCAUGAGCCUCUUUUCUGAUCAUCUCCAGCAGACUUUCUACGGACAUCUUUCACUAUACUAUUGGGCUGAGAACACAAUCUGUUAUCAGGAUCGGCAAUUUGACACCGUAUAAGUCACCGCCCAUGUACAAUCCCUAUGGACGCAUCUUGCUGCCUAGAAGAUCCGCAAUUCAAGCUCGAUCUCAUUGAUUCGUUGCUAGAUGAUUUAUUUCUGAAACAUGAACCCCAUAAGAGAGGGAUGCCAGUUCUAAACCAAGACAACGCCACCGUGUUAGCGAUGCUCUUUCCGCUCACGUUCAUCAAAUGCAUCCGCUUGCUCGAGUUGAGAGCAAUUCAUCUCAGCCUUCCAGAGCAGGGGCCAGCAGAGGCUAUGGAACGCCUAAAAUUUGCCACUGUACUCGUUAAGGAAGAUGGACUGAAAAUUCCUAAGAAGCGAAAGAAGAUGCAGGCAGCCAGUGACUCCUUUGUCCAUCUACCGAGUUGGUACUGUUCGUGCGCCACCUACCUCCUCCAGUUCCUUGAAUCUACCCAAAUCCCACAGGAGGGGACUAACGGGGGGUAUGGUACCGCGUGUGCCCAAACUAUGUGCUUUGUGGAUCCUGUGCCCUGUUGUGAACAUCUAUUAGCUGUCUAUCUUGUUCUGAAGCACCGUGGAUUGUUUGACAACUCGGUAAGGGUGGAGUUUUUGGACACGGAUGCAUGGAUCAGGCUCAAUAGCGAUGUUUUUUGAUCGCACUUGAUACAACACUUUGUGGUAUGAUUACAUUUCAGGGGUUCAUAUCAAUAUUCGAUUGGGUAGCAAUAACCUCUCGAAGCUAGCCAAUGCUUGCAGCAGAUUAUCCCGCGUCCUUAAUUGAAUUUUAGACCAAGUGUCAAGGUCUGAGAUAUCCACCUACCGUAUCGUUGGACUAUUCGGGCGCAGCUUGUCUGAAUAUAUCUGCCAUUUGCCUGCAAUGUAUGUGUUUGACAGUUGAAUAUAGAUCUAAGUGUUGAUUUUAUAUUGGAAUUCUGCUAAUCCUAUGAGCAUAUACCUUUACAACACUCACUAGUGAAACAAGUACACCUCAAAUAUACCAAAUGAUCCUACAUCUCAACCACACCUUUUACUAAGCCAUGGCCUCUGCCUAGCAUCUUGUAGAUACCAACGUUCUAAACUGAAUUCAAAGGCAACCCCAUUUAC